UAAAAUGUUCUGUGGGAAAUGUCAAGCACAACGAAUGUAACCAUGACAUGAGGAACAAUUUAGUAUAGUAGUAGAGGUGUUUUAGGUUUUAAGUAGGAAUUUUUUCACGGUUGAAUUCUCUCUUAGGUGGAAUCUCCGUGACUGGAUGCUAGUCGUGGGUGAAUUUUCUUCAAGCGAUCGUGGUUAAGAUCGAUUCCAUGGGUCAACGAACAGCGCUAAGAUUACGUUCAAAACUGCAAGCGAUCUUCUUCAAGUUAGGGUGUUUCUGCCAAAGAAACUGUUGGGUUGUUCUCGCUGUUGGAUUUUUUAUUCUUAUCGGGCUCUCUGUUGGGAUCAUAACAGCAAAAAUUGAGACAGAUGUAGAGAAAUUAUGGAUGGAAGUUGAUGGAAGGCUUGAAAAGGAACUACAGUACACAAAGGAUUCAGUUGGAGAAGGAGCGGGAACAACUAAUGAACUCAUAAUCCACGCUGCCAAUGAAGGUGGCGAUAAUAUUUUGUCGGUGGAUUCGAUGCAGAAGCAUCUAAAAGCAGUUCAAAAAGCUGUAGAAAUUAAGGUCGACAUAUUCGGCAAGACUUGGUCUCAUACAGACCUCUGUUACGUACCAGAGGUUCCAUCUUUUAACAAUUCUUUAGUGGACGGGAUCAUAGCAGCCAUUAUUCCCUGCCUCGUUAUAUCUCCACUGGACUGCUUCUGGGAUGGAGCUAAGAAUCUUAAACUUAGAGCCGAGCUACCAUCCGUUGCCAAAGUGUUUCCCUUAGAAUGGACCGAAAGCAACCCGACUUUUCUUUUAACACUGUUAGAUCAGCUUAAUAUUGAAGGCAAAGAGGAAAUUAAAGAUCUGUUUGUCAAGGCUGGUAUCACCAAAGGAUAUCAAGAAAAGCCUUGCCUUGAUCCAACAGAGCCUAAAUGCCCGAGCACAGCUCCUAACUCUCCCUCAAAAACAGGAAAGGCACCAGACGUAAAGUCAGAGCUAAAUGGAGGUUGCAAAGGUUUUGCAACAGAAUUUAUGCAGUGGGCUGAAGAGCUAAUUGUUGGUGGAGUAACAAAACACAAUAAUACGUUGACGAGUGCAAAAGCGCUUCAGACAAUUCUCGUUCUCGCGGGUCCACAAGGUCUGUACAAACGAUGGGCAGACAGAUCUCAGGAGUUGAAUGUGCGUUGGAGCUUGGAUACUGCGAAACAAGUCCUAGAGGCAUGGCAACGGCGCUUUACAGAGGAAAUCAAUGAAGACGUCAAAGAAACUGACGAGUUCAGUAUCCUAGCUUUUGACUCAACCUCUGUCACUGACUUAUUGAAGGAGUUCUCAGAGACCAGCGUGUCAAGAAUUGCUAUAGGAUACGUACUCAUGCUCAUUUAUGCGUGCAUAACUCUGAAGCGCUGGUGUGAGCCAAUCAGAUCUCAUGGUGCCCUGGGGUUUGUGGGUGUGCUCUUGGUUACGCUCUCGGUGGCUGCUGGGUUUGGUUUUAGUGCAUUGUGCGGGAUAACAUUCAACGCUGCAUCAACUCAGGUGUUACCGUUUCUUGCCCUCGGUCUGGGCGUGGAUGACAUGUUUCUUCUGGCUCACUCGUAUUCCAGCUUAAUACGGGGUGGAGACAUCCGCCAUGUGGAAGAAGUUGGCUACUGUUUGGGAACCACUGGGGUUAGCGUGUUUCUGACGUCAUUCAACAACAUGUUAGCGUUCUUCAUGGCGGCGUUGAUUCCUAUACCAGCCCUGAGAUAUUUUGCACUUCAGGCUGCUGUUGUUGUUAUCUUUAAUUUCAUCGGAGUCAUCAUCAUUUUUCCCGCCAUGCUGGGAGUCGAUGUGCAAAGAAUGAGACAUCAUCGAUACGACAUCAUCUGCUGUUUGAAAAGCUCGUCCAAGAAUCGAGGUAGUGAAGAAGUGUUGUCUAAAACAAGAAGCGAGUUUCCAUCAACAACUGAAAGAGAAAAAAAUCAACAUGAACUUGAGCACUCCGACAAUCACGCUGUGUCUAAACCCUCCAACACCAUGGUCACGAGCAAUGGAAAAUCAGAUUCUUCUAUCGGUGAGGUCCUGGUAAAUGAGUAUACAAAUAACUUGGACAAGCAGUCUAAACUGUCUUACGAUAGCGAAGCAAGUAUGAUGAGAAAUCACCUCAGUCCUAAUGCAUCACAGCAUGGUACUCCGAGUAGCGUAGUUGAUUCCUCAGUAAAUGGUAACGAUGAUGGAUCUUUCCGGUACAAAUGCGCACCUAUAUCGCUUCAAAAUUUUGCCACAGUUUAUUAUGGCCCUGCACUGCAGAAAACGUCGGUUAAGGUUGCAGUGAUUUUGUUCUUUCUUGGUCUUCUUGCUGUGGGGAUCUACGGUGCCUUUCAAGUGGAAGACGGUUUAGAACUCACCGAAGUAGUUCCACACAACAGCGUAGCACACAAAUUUGUGGAAGCUCAAUUCAAGUAUUUCUCAUUUUAUCCCAUGACUCUUGUUACACAAGAUAACUUUGACUACGCCAACAAACAGAACACUUUAUUAUCCUACCACGAAGCAUUUAAACAGAUACCAAAUGUUAUUAGAAUUCCUGGUUCAGAAGAAAUUCCCAAAUUUUGGCUUAUGUACUUUCGAGACUGGCUCAAUGAUGCACAGACGUCAUUUGACCAAGACUGGGCCAAUAAAACCAUAACCGACGCUGGCUGGACUGAAGCAGCAUCCAGCACAGGGGUAAUGGCUUACAAACUACUAUCUCAGACAGAUGAAUCAGAUGAAAUUGACCGAACACAGGUUCGAAACUACAAGCUAGUGAGCAAUGGAAUCAUUCGUCCUGAAAUAUUCUACAAAGCUCUCACAGUUUGGAUCGAUAGGGACGUAUUAGGAUAUGCAUUUUCACAAGCCGACAUUAAGCCAAAGACUGUUGACUUUUCAAAUACAAGAUCCUCCCAAGAUGAUAAAGCAAUGAUAGUGGCUGCAGCUCAACCGAUCACGUUCGCAAAGAUCAACUUUAACGUCAUUGGUCUUCAAGAAACAAAAGACUUUGUAAAGUUGAUCAAGGAUGUUCGAGAGAUUUGCGACAAAUAUGCCGAAGAAGGACUCCCUAACUACCCCAGUGGGGUCCCCUUUACGUUUUGGGAGCAGUACAUUUGGCUAAGGCGGCAAAUUAUCAUCGCAAUUUCCAUAUCGUUGGCGGUGAGCUUUUUAGCAAUGGCAGUGUUGUUGUUCAACAUCUGGGCUGCAGCAGUCAUCGUACUUGUCUUGGUGAUGAUAACAGUUGAAGUGUAUGGCUUCAUGGGCUUGGCUGGAAUAAAACUUAGUGCUGUACCUGCAGUGACACUCAUUCUGUCUGUUGGAGUUGGAGUGGAGUUUACUGUACACAUGUGCAUGGCAUUUAUGCAGGCCGUCGGUGAUAGAAACCAGAGGAUGCAGAAGGCAAUAGAACAUGUUUUUGUACCAAUCGUGGACGGUGCCAUCUCGACGCUUCUUGGCGUUGUGAUGCUGGCAGGAUCCGAAUUCGAAUUCAUAGUCAGAUACUUCUUUAACCUUCUCCUAGCAUUGAUAUGUAUUGGCACAUUUAAUGGCCUCCUAUUUCUACCAGUUUUCUUGUCUCUGGCCGGGCCUGGAGCAAUGGCAACUGAAGUCCCAACUCCCAGCCUAUCAAAUUCAUUGGCCAUUCAAAACCAGGCAACCGCUCCUUCCUCUGCUGGUUCAGCGAUAAAUGAUUUGGAACUAGAAGAACAUGAGCCAAGCAGUGAAACUAAAGGAAACGAGAAACCUCUCGAAAGGACCAAUCCAAUGAUUAAACAUUGGGCACAAGUUGAACCGACGUAUGAUAAAGAACCAUGGAAUUCAGACAUGGCGACGAUUGAAGGGCCGCGUCAGCAUGAGCUGGAUGAUGUCAAAUUUUGACGUAAAAAGUUUAAUUAGUUAGCAUACCAUCAAUAUACCAGAAGACCACCUCGACGUGAUUUGGAAGCCGCGACUGACUACUAACUAUAGAUAACUCGUCCCAGUGCUCACGGUCCUCACGUUUCGUUUAA